CCGUGUACAACGCUUAAGACAGAAGACGAAAGAUGAAAAGAUUAUUCAGACGUGUGGGUUGGCCAAUUGGUUGCCAGAAGAAUGCCAUACAUCUAUAAUCCAUAGUUAAGCAUGUAGCAGCUAGGAAGGUCACUCUGUUAGUGUAUAGACUACAUUAAUUAGUGCCCCACAUUGAAUCUCCACUUACUAAUUAAGAGGAUCAUUAUCAUUUUAAACAGCUUAAGUAACUAUAAAUAUGAAUACAUGUCAAUGUUAUGUCAAUCAAUUUGAGAUAAAACUUAAUACUAAUACUAAUACUAAUACUACUAGUAUAAUAUUAAUUAAUAUCCAUGGAAGAUAAUAACAGUUAUGGUCGGAGGGGUGGCAUUGCUUCGACUUUCAGGGGAGUAAGGAAGAGGAAAUGGGGUAAGUGGGUGUCAGAGAUACGUGAACCAGGGAAGAAGACAAGGAUAUGGUUAGGAAGCUUUGAUACACAAGAGAUGGCAGCUAUUGCAUAUGACGUGGCUGCAUUUCAUCUUAGAGGGUGUGGAGCUCACCUCAACUUUCCAGAGCUUGUAAACGAACUACCUUGCCCUGCUACUUCUGGGGCAGAAGACAUUCGUAGAGCGGCUCAGAGUGCUGCAGCUUCCCUUCAAUCAAGGGGUAACCUUCAAACGACUGUCCAACCCUCAUACUCCUCUCCAGCUAGGGUUGGUUUAUCGCCUUUACAAAUCCAGGCUAUUAACGAGUCACCUUUGGAAUCACCACAAAUGUGGUCAACAAUGACAGACACUCUCAUGCUCGAUGACUCAUUCAUCUACUCUAACGACGUCGACAUGAAUGCCGGGUGGGAGGAAGAAGUCCCUGAUGACUCCCUAUGGGAUUAACAAGUUCAAUUGUCAUACCGUACACCAUGUAAUCAGGUGGGAACUGCAAAUUUUUGUGCUAUUCACCUACUGCAACUGGAUACCAAAUACUAAUACCAUUAAUGCUUCAA